AUGGAUUUUACAAGUGAUGAAGUUAAUCAGUUUGGCGGUAGUUCGAGUACUCCAUCUAACUACGAUGCAUGUGAAAAUGAAAGAUUUCGUGAAGGAAUGAUUACAUACGUGGCUGCAGCAGAGAUGCCGCUUACGAUGAUAGACUCAAUACACUUUACCCGACUCGUGCAGAAAUAUCUCCAAUCGAGAAAAGGUUAUAUUGCUGCUACGGCUCAUUAUAUUGAUCACUUGUGGCUUCUACAUAAAAGAAUUAUUGCAUUUAGAUAUGUAGAAUUUUCCCAUAAUGCCACUAAUAUAUACAUGGUUUUAAAAGAUAUCAUACAGGAAUAUGAUAAGAUUAGACAAGCAAUAAAUUUUAUUACUGUAUCACCAGCAAGAAAACAAGCAUUUAAUAGUUUGUGUGCAGAGUAUGGAUUACAGGAGAAAUCAUUUGCCACUGAUGUAACACACAGGAAUUUGCCACUUUUUGCUGAUGUAGUCCGCUCUAUGGAGUUAAAAUUUUGUAAAUACUGGGAAGAGUUGCCUUCUUUAUUUCUUUUAGCUUCAGAAGGUCAGCGUAGUUCUACUUCCCAAAGUUCUUUUUCAAGAAAUAUUACAACAAAUCCCGAAAAUUUAUGGAAUUAUUUAGAUAGCAAUACAAGUGCUCCUUCAUUUAGUUCUAGUUCUAGCUCAUCAACAUCUAGAGCGAUCAAUAUUGAUGGUACAAAUCUUGAAAUUUCUUCUGAGUUAGCUAGGUAUAUGUGCGUAGAUGUUCGUAGUGUGUUGCAACCGCACGAAUUACAAGAAUUUAGUCUUUUAAAUUGGUGGAGAUGUAACGAAAGACAAUAUCCAAUUGUAUCGAAAAUUGCACGUGAUCUACUAACACCUCCGGUGUCUACGGUAGCAUCGGAGGCUGCAUUCAGUUUAGGUGGUCGAGUUUUAUCAGAUGAACGAUCAAGACUAAAAGAAGAUAUAUUAGAGGCUUUGAUAUGUUUGAAGGAUUGGGAAUGUGCAGAAUUACUUGUUCAAGAACAUGUUGAUAGUAUAAUGGCCGAAGAGUUGCAGCAUAUCCAAACAUAG